AUUCCUCCCACUUACAGAGAUCCAGGAAACUGAGAUUCAGGUUUACCUGCUUACUCAGUUAACUAAGAAAACUGAAUGAUUUAGUGAAGAUGAUGAUGAUUUAUAUUCCUGAUGAAGAGUUUUGGGAGUCCCUGCUGUGGAUGUGAAGAUAGUUUUAUUUUAAACAGAAUGCUGAGAGUUUAAACUGGAUUGUUUUGGAUUACUUUGAAGAAGGAUUUUAACGUGAAGCUCAGAAAAUGGCAUCUAAGGGUUUUUCUGAGGAGGAUUUGUCUUGUCCUGUGUGCUGUGAUAUUUUUACAAAUCCUGUUGUGUUGUCUUGUAGUCACAGUAUCUGUAAAGACUGUAUUCAGAGAUUCUGGGAAAGUAAAGUAACUAAAGAUUGUCCAGUUUGCAGAAGAAGAUCUUCAAGGGAUGAACCUCCAUUGAAUUUGGUUUUAAAGAACCUGUGUGAGACUUUCUUACAGGAGAGAAGUCAGAGAUCUUCAUCAGUUUGUCAUCUUCACAAUGAGAAACUCAAACUCUUCUGUCUGGAUGAUCAACAGCCGGUGUGUUUGGUGUGUCGAGACUCCAGAACUCACAACAACCACAAAUUCUGUCCUGUCAAUGAAGCUGUCAUUGAUAAUAAGGAGAAACUCAAAACUGAAUUAAAACCCUUACAGGAGAAACUGAGAAUAUUUGAGAAGAAUAAACAGAAUUUGGAUAAAACUGCAGAACAUAUAAAGAUUCAGGCUGAACGCACAGAGAAGCAGAUUCAUGAAGAGUUUGAGAAACUUCACCAACUUCUACAUGAUGAAGAAUCAGUCAGAAUAACAGCACUGAGAGAGGAAGAGGAGCAGAAGAGUCAGAUGAUGAAGGAGAAGAUUGAGAAGAUGAGCAGUGAGAUUUCAUCUCUUUCACACACAAUCAGAGUCAUAGAGAAGCAGAUGACAGCUGAAGAUGUUUCAUUCCUACAGGACUUUAAGAGCACAAUGGAGAGAGUUCAGUGUAGAACGUCAGAUCCAGAGGACAUCUCAGGAAUGAUGAUCAAUGUAGCAAAACAUCUCAGCAACCUGAAGUUUACUGUCAUACACAAGAUGAAGGAGAAAGUUGAAUACAUUCCAGUGACUUUGGACCCAAACACUGCUCACUAUAAACUAUUUCUGUCUGAUGAUCUGACCAGUGUGAGAAUCAACGAAGAUCCUGUGCUGCUUCCUGAUAUUCCAGAGAGAUUUGAUGCAUCUGUAUCUGUUUUGGGUUCAGAGAGCUUUAAUUCAGGGAUUCACUGCUGGGAUGUUCAGGUUGGAGACAACACGUACUGGGCUCUGGGUGUGAUGACAGAAUCUGCAAAGAGAAAGAAGAACAUAUUCUCCAGGAGUGGAUUCUGGUAUGUGAGGUAUUUCUCUGGUAUUAAUGGUGCAGUCAUUACACCAGGAAGAGUUCUUGAUCUCUCAGUGAAAGUGAAACUGGAGAGAAUCAGAGUUGAGUUGGAUUAUGAGAGAGGAAAACUGUCAUUCUCUGAUCCUCUCACUAACACACACAUACACACUUUCACACACACAUUUACUGAAAGAGUUUAUCCAUGGUUUUGGGUUAAGUGUAUUAUUUCUUCUCUGGUGAUCUUACCGGUAAAAUCCUCUUAAAAACUCAGGGAUUUCAUUUGAGAUUGAUUUAGUUUAUAAAACAGCUUGAGUUAUUUUAGAGGGGCCAUGAAUUUGUCAAUUUUAUUGUUUUAUACUGUUGUGUGAGGUCUACUUAUGAUGUUCGCGUGGUUUUUACAUUCAAAAACAUCAAAAGCAAUAAGUAAUAGGCUAUUUUGUAACAUGGAUUAGUGGCUCUCUGGAGAAAUGGUUUGUUUGAAAGGGCGGGCCGCAUUGAAGACCUGGAUGCAAACGCCCACUGCUAUGAUUGGACUGCUUUAUUCCCCGUCAUUACAUGUGGGAAAAUGUUUUUAAAACAUUAAUGUGUAAAAAUAGCAGCCUAACACGUAUAUGUUUGAGCCACAAAAGCUUUGUUGAGUGUUGGACCUUUCAAACGCAACUUGCCUAAAAUGGCUUAUACAACACAAUAAGCGGGCAUCAGAAUCUACAUUGCGUCCUUCCUUAUUACUAACUUUGUAUAUUUCUAUCAUUAAAUUACAGUCGUAUUGUUAAGUGUUGUACCUUUAUUAAUCAUUUAAUGUUUUUAGUAAAUUAAAACAGUCAAACAUACGUGUUUAGACACGGAUGUUACAACAGGACAUCUCUUACAAAGCAAUAGUGAAACACAGUAACGUUAUCUUAAAUAUGGCUGUAUCAAUUCUGACAGCCAUAUCAAAGGUGUUUGAGCGUCUUGUGUAUGAGCAGGUGGAAGAGUACCUUGUCAAACAUGAUCUGCUGUAUGAAUUUCAGUCUGGAUUUAGAGCAGCAUAUUCGACUGAAACCUGUCUUAUUCAUUUAUGUGAUUAUAUCCGACAAAACUUUGAUGAAGGAAAGUAUGUGGGUAUGAUUCUUCUUGAUUUACAAAAAGCCUUUGAUACUGUAAAUCAUGCAAUUUUAUUAUCAAAGCUGCAAAGCAUAGGUUUCAGAAAUACUGCGGUGAAAUGGUUCACCUCUUACCUCACUGGAAGAACUCAAUCUUGUGAUGUUGAGGGGGCCAUAUCAGAUUCUCGAGAUAUUACUUGUGGGGUGCCUCAAGGUUCAAUCCUUGGCCCCCUUUUAUUUUUAAUUUAUAUUAAUGAUAUGCCAGCUGCCGUGAAAUGUAAGCUGCUUUUAUAUGCUGAUGACUCUGCAUUGUUGGUCUCUGGGGAUGACAUCAGCGAGAUUGAGAGGACUCUGGGUAACGAAUUAAAUAGUGUCAGCAAAUGGCUUAUAGACAACAGGCUGUCAAUACAUCUGGGAA